CGGACAUGGACACGGACACGGACACGAUCACCACGAUGACGAGGAGGUGCCCCGAGUCAGGAACGUGGAAUGGAUUCUUUAUGCAGGAUACGACAUCGCGACUUGGUAUUACUCGCCCUUUCCUGAAGAAUACCAGGACUGCCAACGACUGUUUAUUUGCGAAUACUGUUUGAAGUACAUUCGGCAAGUCGAGAGCUUCAUGAGUCAUACGAAGAGCUGUAAGCGGAAGAAACCUCCAGGGACGGUGGUCUAUUCUAAGGGCGUGAAUAAGAUCUACAAGGUCGAUGGAAAAACCAACAAGCUUUAUUGCCAGAAUUUGUCGUUGCUCGCCAAGUUAUUUUUGGAUAACAAGACCUUGUAUUUCGACAUUCAUGGCUUCCACUUCUUUGUCCUAACCGAGACGCGGCCUGGGGAUCGAGCUGAUGUGCCUGUGGGAUUCUUUUCAAAGGAGAUUGUCUCAUAUGAUGGGUACAAUUUAGCAUGCAUCUUGAUCCUACCCCCGUUUCAACGAAAGUCAUACGGAAAGCUGUUGAUCGAGUUUAGCUACGAGUUGACAAAGAUCGAGGGCAAGGUCGGGUCUCCUGAGAAGCCGCUUUCAGAUCUGGGCAAACUAGGGUACGUCUCGUACUGGAUCACGGCCAUUUUGAGGGAGCUGUAUCCGAAACCCUGGCCCGCGAAGCGGAUCGUCCUCCCUUUGGCGACUCAGAGGCGGAAGAGUCGGAUUGCGUCGAUUAAACAGGACGCGACAACAGCGGCCGCGGCGGGAGCGCAACCUUCAGUACAAGGUGGAAAUGGAAUAGAGGUAUCAUCAUCAUCGUCAUCCUCGAUAGAACCGAGUGGGGAGGGUGUUGCGUUGCCGGAUGUGAGGACCCAGAGAAAUGACGCUGGGCCUAUGGAUGUCGAUGCUCCGCUACCGACAGAAGUAGAAAAAACAGACGUGACCAAGGAGAUUGCGUUCUCGAUCCGGGAGCUAGCUGCGAAGACGGGGAUUAUGGAAGAGGAUUUGUUGGAGACACUUGUAGGGAUGGGAUGGAUGAGGCAUUGGGUCUCGCCGGCGGAGCAGGCUGGAUCGGUUGCGAUCAAGAAUGCGAAGCGGAAUUAUCAGAAGCUAGUCAAGUUCCAUGAGCAGCAGCAGUUGUUGGAGUCGGGUGUGCUGCAGGAUGGGGCUGUUGCAGGUUCAAGUGGUGGGCAUGAGGGCGAGAGCAGCACUAGCGCUGGCGUCGGUGGUGGUGGUGGAACUGGUCUGGGGCAUCAUUACUCAAAGGUGCAUUCGAGACAGCCUUCUGGGUCUAACGUCAGUGGUAGUAAUAACACGAGUGUGCAGGCGAUUGUAAGCUCGGCGAUUGCAGCGUUGCAGGCGAAUGAUGCUCUCGCUCAUGCUCAGCUGCUGCAGAAUCAAGAACGGAGGCAUCUGCCAGGACAGCAAGAGCAGCAGCAAUAUUUGACACAGGAUGUUGAUCCGGUUUCGAUCUUGGAAAUGGUAGACAGCGACGGUGAGGACGCGACGGUCGCGGGAGCGGAGGAGGAGAGCGGCAUGCCAAGCACUACGACUGCAACUGCAGCGGCGUUGACGACGGAUCUGAUGAAGGAUGUGGCAGUGGUGACACUGGGGACAGUGAAAGAGUACCAGGAUCGACACAAUAUCCGGCUGGAGCCCUAUGUAGACUGGAACCUGAUUGACUGGGUCGCGUACCGGAGAACCUUGGACUGAAUUAAAAAAUUCCUAGGCGAAGAGAUUGUUAUGCCUAAAAGAAAUAAAGGGGGCAGGAAAGGCUGUUUUGGGGGUGG